AUGUUGAUCUCGAAAUUAUUUCGCGAGGCGAAUAAAAAGUGGUUCAACGUGCGGAAGACGACUACGCAGAGCGUGCAGUCCGCGAGAGACGCAUUCUUCCGCGGCGGUGUCGUUGUUGCCAGCGUCGUUCUGAUCAUUUGGUUGUCCAUUUUUCUUUACACGGCUUUUUAUUAUGCCUACAUGCCUAGCAUGUCGUACGUGCGGCCAGUACAUUUACAGUUCAAAUCAUGCGAGCAGGAGAAAGGUAUCUGUAGCUUUCCACAAGCUUAUGUACAGUUGACCAAGAAGCAACAGCUUUUGAUGGUGGGCCAACCGUACAAAGUAAACUUGCACUUAGAAAUGCCAGAAUCACCAGCCAACAAAGAGCUUGGUAUGUUUAUGGUCUGUGCCCAUUUGAGGAGUCGUGAUGGGUUCCUCGUGGACCACGCAUGUCGAUCGGCAAUGUUACAUUAUCGCAGCACAUUGUUACACACGCUUACAACUCUUACAUUUUCGCCCAUGAUGAUUUUUGGAAAUGUGGAAGAGAAGCAAGAAGUAGUUCUUGAAUUGUUUGGCAAUUUUGAAGAGGAUCAGAGUCAUCCAGUGACAAUUAUUUUUAUCGAGAUCCAGUCAAGGCACAUCGAGUUCUAUUCCGCUAGUCUAAUGAUAAACGCUCACUUAUCAGGAUUACGUUACUUGAUGUUUCAUUGGCCAAUUCUAUCAGCCAUUGUUGGUAUUGGUACAAAUUUGUUUUUCAUAACGCUCUUAUGUACACUGUCCUAUCUACACUUUGGAACUGAGGAGGAAAACACGGACGAAAAUUUCAGUUACGAGAAGGGCGAGAUGGAGGAGGAUGAGAAAGAUCUUAAGACUCUUAGCGAACUGUCAGAUACAUCGUCCUCGUCUCUCGUGGAAGCUAGCUCCAUCAUGGGGGAUCUACAAAGCGAGGAAAAAAGUAUGGAAGAAAAGUCUGAUCCCGUUAAGGGACAACCGAGCUACAUUCAGGAAAUUUCCACAUUGAUUGCUGAAGCGUCAAGUGGCGAGCUGGUUAAAUAAGUUAUUAUACUUAGAGACAUGUUUUGUGCAAUAUAACAUGUACAUUAUUUUAUACGAUAUAAAAGUAAAUAUUACAAAUAGAUUUGUUAUCGGUACGGAGGAACAGAGAAAGAAUUAAAUAUAUUUUUUUAUUUUUUUGUGCAAUAUAA